CUGAUUUGUAUUAUCCAAGAUGGAGGACUGCUACUGCUGUGUUAGCAUUGAGGAGUGACUCUGCCUGUGUGUCCCUGGAUGCGCCAUACAGCCCAACAAAAAGAAGACACACAUUUCACGCGAACGUCAGUACGUUUUGAAAAGGUGCUUUUGGGGAAUUGCAUCUCGCUUUCCAGCCAUGAGCUCUGGAGAAGGAGCAGAGGAGACUGCAAAGGACGCGGCCGACAUAGCGGCGUUUUUCAAAUCCGACCUCACGCUUCCAAAAUGUGAACCCAAGGUGGAUGUCCCCAGCCAAAUAGCAGGGUUUCACAAAAAUGAUGAGAUGAAUGCGAUGGAAGUGCUACCAGUUUUAAAGGACAAAGUUGCCUUUUUAUCAGGUGGCAGAGAUAAGCGUGGAGGUCCCGUCCUAACAUUUCCAUCACGCAGCAACCAUGACAGAAUACGACAAGAAGACCUUAGGAGACUCAUUUCAUAUCUAGCUGGUAUCCCUAGUGAGGAUGUGUGUAAGCGAGGAUUCACAGUGAUUGUGGACAUGCGUGGUUCAAAGUGGGAUUCAAUUAAACCUCUCCUAAAGAUCCUCCAAGAAUCCUUCCCAUGCUGUAUUCAUGUUGCACUGAUUAUCAAGCCUGACAACUUCUGGCAGAAACAGAGGACUAAUUUUGGCAGCUCAAAGUUUGAAUUUGAGACAAGCAUGGUGUCAAUAGAAGGCCUUACCAAAGUUGUCGACCCUUCCCAGCUGACCCCGGAUUUUGAAGGCAGCUUGGAUUACAACCACGAGGAGUGGAUCGAGAUCCGGGUGGCAUUUGAGGACUUUAUGAGCAACGCCACGCACAUGCUGUCUCGACUGGAGGAGCUGCAGGAGAUGCUCGUGAAAAAAGAUUUCCCUCAGGACCUGGACGGGGCGCGCCGCAUGAUCGAGGAGCACUCGCAGCUCAAGAAGAAGGUGAUUAAAGCUCCCAUCGAGGAGCUGGACACGGAGGGGCAGAAGCUGCUGCGGAGGAUUCAGAGCAGCGACGGCUUCCCCAACAAGAACACGGUGACAAGCAACGCCGACCUGCAGAGCCUCGUCCCCAAAGUCUCCUCCAUGCUGGACAAGCUGCACUCCACCAGGCAACAUCUACACCAGAUGUGGCACGUCAGGAAGUUGAAGCUUGACCAGUGUUUCCAGCUCAGGCUUUUUGAGCAAGACGCAGAGAAGAUGUUUGACUGGAUCAUGCACAACAAGGGCCUGUUUCUGACAAGUUACACUGAGAUUGGAACCACCCAUCCACACGCAAUGGAACUUCAGACACAGCACGAUCACUUUGCCAUGAACUGUAUGAAUGUCUAUGUAAAUAUUAACCGUAUCAUGUCGGUGGGCAAUCGCUUGCUCGAGUCAGGUCACUACGCGUCACAGCAGAUCAAGCAGAUCUCCGGCCGGCUAGAGCAGGAGUGGAAGGCGUUUGCUGCAGCGCUGGAUGAACGCAGUACUUUACUGGACAUGUCCGCUGUCUUUCACCAGAAGGCUGAGCAGUACAUGAACAAUGUGGAUUCGUGGUGCAAAGCCUGUGGGGAAGUAGAUCUUCCCUCUGAACUCCAGGAUCUGGAAGACGCCAUUCACCACCACCAGGGUCUAUAUGAACAUAUCACGGUGGCUUACUCUGAGGUACACUAUGUGGUAAGUCAGGACGGGAAAGCACUACUCGACAAGCUGCAGCGACCUCUGACCCCUGGCAGCUCAGACUCGUUGACAGCCUCUGCCAAUUACUCCAAGGCAGUGCACCACGUGCUGGACAUCAUCCACGAGGUGCUGCACCACCAACGGCAGCUGGAGAACAUCUGGCAGCACCGCAAGGUCCGGCUGCACCAGCGCCUGCAGCUCUGUGUCUUCCAACAGGACGUCCAGCAGGUUUUGGACUGGAUUGAGAAUCACGGAGAGGCUUUCUUAAGCAAACACACAGGGGUGGGGAAGUCGCUCCACAGGGCAAGAGCUUUGCAGAAGCGGCACGAGGACUUCGAGGAAGUGGCACAGAACACAUACACCAAUGCAGACAAGCUGCUGGAAGCGGCAGAGCAACUUGCUCAAACAGGAGAGUGUGAUCCAGAAGAGAUUUAUCAGGCUGCUCACCAGCUGGAGGACCGUAUCCAGGACUUUGUGAGGAGGGUGGAGCAGCGCAAGGUCUUACUGGACAUGUCUGUGUCCUUUCACACUCACGUCAAGGAGCUGUGGACAUGGCUGGAAGAGCUGCAGAAGGAGCUGCUGGAUGAUGUGUAUGCAGAGUCUGUGGAGGCUGUGCAGGACCUGAUCAAGCGCUUCGGACAGCAGCAGCAGACAACCCUGCAAGUCACUGUCAAUGUCAUCAAGGAGGGAGAGGACCUCAUUCAGCAGCUGAGGGAUUCUGCCAUUUCCAGUAACAAGACUCCCCACAACAGCUCCAUCAACCACAUCGAGAGCGUGCUGCAGCAGCUGGAUGAGGCUCAGGCCCAGAUGGAAGAGCUCUUUCAGGAGCGCAAGAUCAAGCUAGAACUCUUCCUCCAGCUCCGGAUAUUCGAGAGGGAUGCCAUUGAUAUAAUCUCUGACUUGGAGUCGUGGAAUGACGAGUUGUCCCAGCAGAUGAAUGACUUUGACACUGAGGACCUGACGCUGGCGGAGCAGAGGCUGCAGCACCAUGCUGACAAAGCCCUGACCAUGAACAACCUGACCUUCGAUGUUAUUCACCAGGGGCAGGAGCUCCUGCAGUACGUCAACGAGGUGCAGACUUCAGGAGUGGAGCUGCUUUGUGACCGGGAUGUUGACAUGGCAACGCGUGUCCAGGAUUUGCUGGAAUUCCUGCAUGAGAAACAGCAGGAGCUGGAUGUGGCGGCAGAGCAACACCGGAGACACCUGGAGCAGUGCGUGCAGUUGCGCCACCUGCAGGCAGAAGUCAAACAGGUGCUGGGGUGGAUCCGGAACGGGGAGUCCAUGUUGAAUGCUGGGCUCAUCACCGCCAGUUCACUGCAAGAAGCUGAGCAGCUACAGAGAGAGCAUGAGCAGUUUCAGCACGCCAUUGAAAAAACCCACCAGAGUGCACUGCAGGUGCAGCACAAAGCCGAGGCCAUGCUGCAGUCCAACCACUAUGACAUGGACAUGAUCAGGGACUGUGCGGAGAAGGUGGCCUCCCACUGGCAGCAGCUCAUGCUCAAAAUGGAAGAUCGACUCAAGCUUGUCAACGCCUCAGUCGCCUUCUACAAAACCUCCGAGCAGGUAUGCAGUGUGCUGGAAAGCCUGGAGCAGGAGUACAAGCGGGAGGAGGACUGGUGCGGAGGGGCUGACAAGCUGGGCCCUAACUGUGAUUCUGACCACGUGACUCCUAUGAUCAGCAAGCACCUUGAACAGAAGGAAGCCUUCCUUAAAGCAUGCACAUUGGCCCGACGGAAUGCCGAUGUGUUCUUGAAAUAUCUUCACAGAAAUAGUGUGAACAUGCCUGGAAUGCUCACACAUGUCAAAGCUCCAGAACAGCAAGUAAAAAACAUCUUGAACGAGCUGCUGCAGAGAGAGAAUCGGGUACUUCACUUUUGGACCAUGAGGAAGAGGAGACUGGACCAGUGUCAGCAGUAUGUUGUGUUUGAACGCAGUGCCAAACAGGCACUGGAAUGGAUCCAUGACACUGGAGAGUUCUAUCUGUCCACUCACACCUCAACAGGGUCCAGCAUACAUCACACGCAAGAGCUUUUAAAAGAACACGAGGAAUUUCAGAUUACUGCAAAGCAAACCAAAGAACGGGUGAAAUUGUUGAUACAGCUGGCUGAUGGCUUUUGUGACAAAGGGCACUCCCAUGCAGUCGAAAUAAAGAAGUGGGUAACAGCCGUGGAUAAGAGAUACAGAGACUUUUCCCUCCGCAUGGACAAGUAUCGAACCUCGCUGGAAAAGGCUCUGGGAAUUUCAUCUGAUUCCAACAAGUCGGGCAAAGGCUUGCAGCUGGACAUCAUCCCUGCCAGUGCUCCGGGGUCAGAGGUCAAACUGCGGGAUGCUGCCCACGAGCUCAACGAAGAAAAGCGGAAAUCGGCCCGCAGAAAGGAAUUCAUAAUGGCUGAGCUUAUUCAAACGGAGAAAGCCUAUGUGCGGGACCUUCGAGAGUGUGUGGAAACUUACCUGUGGGAGAUGACCAGCGGAGUUGAAGAGAUUCCUCCUGGUAUAGUUAAUAAAGAGCACAUCAUCUUUGGAAAUAUGCAGGAUCUUUUUGAAUUUCACCACAACAUCUUCCUGAAGGAGCUUGAGAAAUAUGAACAGCUGCCAGAAGAUGUUGGGCAUUGCUUUGUCACCUGGGCAGAAAAGUUUCAGAUGUAUGUGAAUUAUUGUAAGAACAAGCCUGACUCGACUCAGCUCAUAUUGGAACAUGCUGGACCCUAUUUUGAUGUGAUCCAGCAACGUCACAGACUGGCAAACUCGAUCUCCUCCUAUCUGAUCAAGCCUGUGCAGAGAAUAACCAAGUAUCAGCUCCUUCUAAAGGAACUUUUAACCUGCUGCGAGGAAGGUAAAGGUGAGAUUAAGGAUGGCCUGGAAGUUAUGCUCAGCGUGCCAAAGCGUGCCAAUGAUGCCAUGCAUCUCAGCAUGCUAGAAGGGUUUGAUGAGAAUAUAGAAUCUCAGGGCGAGCUUAUUCUUCAGGAGUCCUUCCAAGUGUGGGAUCCCAAAACUCUCAUUCGGAAGGGACGGGAAAGGCACCUCUUCCUUUUUGAAAUGUCCCUGGUCUUCAGCAAAGAGGUCAAAGACUCCAAUGGGAGUAGUAAAUAUAUCUACAAGAGCAAACUCUUUACCUCUGAGCUGGGUGUCACAGAACACGUUGAAGGGGAUCCUUGUAAGUUUGCACUUUGGGUGGGGCGGACUCCAACUUCUGACAACAAGAUUGUCCUAAAGCCAAGUCAGGGAUGCAAACAUGGAGCAAUGGCGUCCAGCAUCGAAAACAAACAAGACUGGAUCAAACACAUCAGAGAGGUCAUCCAAGAGAGGACCAUUCACCUGAAGGGUGCUCUGAAAGAGCCCAUUCACAUUCCCAAACCAACUACCACCAAGCAGAAAGGAAGAAGGGAUGGAGAAGACCUGGACAGUCAGGGUGAUGGUAGCAGUCAACCAGAUACAAUCUCCAUUGCAUCACGAACCUCCCAGAACACCCUAGAUAGUGACAAGCUGUCUGGAGGUUGUGAGUUGACAGUGGUGAUCCAUGACUUUAUGGCCAGUUUCAGCAAUGAGAUGACAGUCCGCCGUGGUCAGACCGUGGAGGUCCUGGAGCGACCACAUGACAAGCCGGACUGGUGCCUGGUGCGGACCACUGACCGCUCUCCCGCAGCUGAAGGCCUGGUACCCUGCAGCAGUCUCUGCAUCGCCCACUCUCGCAGCAGCAUGGAGAUGGAAGGCAUCUUUAACCACAAAGACUCCUUGUCAGUGUGCAGCAAUGAUGCCAGCCCCCCUGCUUCUGUCACCUUGCAGCCCCAUGGGAUUGGCUCCCAGAGCUCCCCUGGCCCCAAGCGCCCUGGCAACACUCUUCGCAAAUGGCUCACCAGCCCUGUGCGGCGCCUCAGCAGUGGCAAAGCCGACGGCCACGUCAAAAAGCUGGCUAACAAGCACAAGAAGCACAGGGAUGUGCGUAAGAGUACAGACACAGGCUCCCAGAAGGACUCAGAUGAUAGUGCUGCCACUCCACAGGAUGAGACUGUCGAAGAGAGGGUGAGGAACGAAGGACUCAGCAGCGGAACGCUGUCCAAGUCCUCCUCUUCAGGGAUGCAGAGCUGCGGAGAGGAGGAGGGUGAAGAGGGAGCAGAUUCAGUUCCACUCCCUCCGCCCAUGGCCAUCCAGCAGCACAGCCUCCUGCAGCCAGACUCUCAGGAUGACAAGACGUCCUCACGGAUCUCCGUCCGUCCUACCAGCUCAGAGACCCCUAGUGCUGCAGAACUGGUGAGCGCCAUUGAAGAGCUUGUGAAAAGCAAAAUGGCUCUGGAAGACCGGCCUAGCUCUCUGUCAGUGGAGCAAGGGGACAGCAGCAGUCCCUCCUUCAACCCCUCAGACAACUCGCUCAUGUCCUCCUCCUCGCCCAUUGACGAGAUGGAGGAGCGCAAGUCCAGCUUUUUCAAGAGACGCCAUUAUGUCUUGCAGGAGCUUGUUGAGACUGAGCGGGAUUAUGUAAGGGACCUGGGCUGUUUAGUAGAGGGCUACAUGAACAAAAUGAAGGAGGAUGGAGUACCCGAUGACAUGAAGGGAAAAGAUAAGAUUGUCUUUGGAAACAUACACCAGAUUUAUGACUGGCACAAAGACUUCUUUCAUGGAGAAUUGGAGAAGUGCCUUGAAGAUCCUGAUAAACUGGCAUCCCUCUUUGUCAAACAUGAGAGAAGAUUGCACAUGUACAUUGUGUACUGCCAAAACAAACCCAAAUCAGAGCACAUAGUCUCUGAGUAUAUUGACACAUAUUUUGAGGACCUCAAAAAGCGUCUAGGUCACAGACUACAGAUUACAGAUUUAUUAAUAAAACCAGUGCAGAGAAUUAUGAAGUACCAGCUGCUGCUAAAGGACUUUCUCAAAUACUCGAAAAAGGUUGGCAUGGAUACUUCAGAAUUGGAGAAAGCUGUGGAGGUCAUGUGCAUUGUGCCAAAAAGAUGCAAUGACAUGAUGAACGUCGGACGGCUCCAAGGAUUUGAUGGUAAGAUCGUUGCCCAGGGCCGGCUGCUGCUGCAGGACACAUUUCUGGUAUCCGAUCAGGACUCUGGACACUUGGCACGCAUGAAAGAGAGGCGGGUCUUCCUCUUUGAGCAGAUUGUCAUUUUCAGUGAGCCCCUCGACAGGAAGAAAGGCUUCUCAGUGCCUGGUUACCUGUAUAAAAACAGCAUUAAGGUGAGCUAUCUGGGGCUGGAGGACAAUGUUGAAGGGGAUCCGUGUAAAUUUGCACUGACAUCCAGAUCAGCUGACAGCAGCACUGAAACCUACAUCCUGCACUCUGCAAACCCUGGAGUGCGGCAGGUGUGGAUGCACGAAAUCAACCAAAUCCUGGAAAACCAGCGAAACUUUUUAAAUGCCUUGACCUCUCCGAUCGAGUACCAGAGAAACCACGUGAGUGCCAGUGGAGCCGGCAGUGGUAGCAGCAGCACGGCCAGCAGCACCUGCAGCAGCAGUGUUGGCAUAGUGCCCAGCUGCAGCAGCUCCGUGGGAAGCCGGACUAGGCCAUCCCGCAUCCCCCAGCCUGUUAGGCACCACUCCCCAGUGCUGGUCUCCUCUGCAGCCUCAGCGCCAGAAGGGCCAGACAAGAUGUCAGGUAUGUCCGCUCGCAACCCCUCCCUGCUGCAACCCAGCAACAGCAACUCCUCCUCCCUCGCAGAACAGCCGGAGAAGGACACUGGGAAGGAGAUACCCAAGAUGAAGGUGUUGGAGAAACCUCGCAGCUGCAAGCAGCCUGGCUCAGCAGAGGGGAGUCUAAAGGAACUUAGGGGCAGUUUGGAGGACACCCACUCCCACUCCCAUUCUCCCAGGCCCAUCGUUGGCCCCUUGACACUGGGUAAGCCAAGGACGGGAGCAAUCUCCCCCAUGGGGUCUCCAGUCCCUCCAUCUCCCUUCGGCAAGGAGACCUUCCCCCCCAACAGCCCAGUGCAGAAGGGUUCCUCGUUUUGGACCUCCAUCCCUGCAUCACCUGCCAGCCGCCCAGGCUCCUUCACCUUCCCCAACGAGGCGGACUUGAUUGGGCGCCAGACACACCGCAACUCAACCCACAGCAAGGACACUGACCGCAUGAGUACCUGCUCCUCCACCAGCGAGCAGUCUGUGCACUCCACCCAGAGCAAUGGGAGUGAAAGCAGCAGUAGCAGUAACAUCUCCACCAUGCUAGUGACACACGACUACAUGGCGGUGAAGGAGGAUGAGAUUAAUGUCUACCAAGGAGAGGUUGUUCAGAUUCUGGCCAGCAAUCAACAAAACAUGUUUCUGGUGUUCCGCGCCGCCAAUGAAAUGUGCCCCGCCGCCGAGGGCUGGAUCCCUGGCUAUGUGCUGGGGCACACUUCAGCAGUCAUACCCGACUACCCCGAAGGAACCAUCAAGAAGUCGUCCUCGUGGCACACAGCACUCCGCCUAAGGAAAAAGUCGGAAAAGAAAGACAAGGAUAGCAAACUAGAAAACGGCUACCGGAAGUCCCGAGAAGGAUUGCCCAAUAAGGUUUCUGUAAAGCUUCUUAAUCCUAACUACAUUUAUGAUGCUCCCCCAGAGUUCCUUUCCCCGUUGAGUGACGUAACCUGUGAGAGCGGCGAAUGUGUCACCCUCAGAUGUAAAGUCUGUGGUCGACCCAAAGCUACCGUCACCUGGAAAGGACCAGACCAAAACACUCUAAGCAGUGAUGGACACUACAGCAUUGCAUACAGUGAAUCUGGAGAGGCUACCCUCAGAAUAGUGGGUGUAUCCACAGAAGACGAUGGCACGUACACCUGCGUGGCCACCAACGACGUGGGUUCAGUCUCAUCAGCGGCUAGCCUCCGAGUGUUGGGUCCUGCCAAUGAUGGAAUCAGGGUCCUCUGGAAAGAUGACUUUAAUUCCAUUUACAGUGAGAGAGCAGAGUUGGGCAGGGGCAGAUUCUCUGUGGUGAAGAAGUGUGACCAGAAAAAGACCAAGCGAGCUGUAGCUGCAAAGCAUGUGAACAAGAAGCUGAUGAAACGGGACCAAGUGACCCACGAGCUCAGCAUCAUGCAGCACCUCCAACACCCACAGAUCAUUGGUCUUCUGGACAUCUUCGAGACGUCAGCCAGCUACGUAUUAGUAUUAGAGAUGGCAGACCAAGGCCGUCUUCUAGACUAUAUUGUAAGUUGGGGUAACCUUACUGAAGAGAAGGUGAUGCUGUAUCUUAGGGAUAUUUUUGAAGCUUUGCAGUACCUUCAUAACUGCAACAUAGCUCAUUUGGACUUGAAGCCUGAAAACAUAUUGGUAGACCAAACUACAGCUCAACCGACUGUCAAAUUGACCGACUUCGGGGAUGCUGUCCAGUUGAACAGCACAUACUACAUCCACCCAUUACUGGGGAGUCCGGAGUUUGCAGCUCCGGAGCUGAUCCUGGGCAACCCCGUCUCCUUAUCGUCUGACACCUGGAGCGUCGGAGUGCUGACUUACGUGGUCCUCAGUGGUGCCUCCCCUUUCCUGGAUGAAAGCGUGGAGGAGACCUGCCUGAACAUUUGCCGUUUGGACUUCAGCUUCCCAGACGACUACUUUCAAGGGGUCAGCCAGGCCGCCAAAGAUUUUGUGUGCUUCUUGCUGCAGGGUGACCCUGCCAAGCGGCCCACGGCUGCAGUCUGCUUGCAAGAGCCAUGGCUGCAGCCGGGGGGCCACCGCAGCCCUGCAUGCAUAGAGACAUCCCGACUGAUUUCCUUCAUUGACCGGCGCAAACACCAGAACGAUGUUCGACCCAUUGGUAGCAUUAAGAACUUCUUACAAAGCAGACUCAUGUCUAGGGUUUGACCUGGAGUAAAAAAAAAAAAGGGGGGAAGAUAUUCUUCUCUCAUUCUCUUUCACCUGCCAGUCUAAAUUUUGAAGAUCGCUGUGGUCUUCAUCCAGUCUCUGCUACAGAUUGGUUAGAAAGAUAGAAAGAUAAAAAGAUAACGGCUGACGACUAGUGAGCCGCCUUUGUGGCCGCAUCUUUGUGUGGAAACUGCAUGCCAAGGAAGCUUGCAGAAAAGCAGAACUUGGGAUUAGCAGUGAAAAUUAAGCUAGCAUGGAGGACUGUGUGAAUACUUCUCUGCCUGAGCCAGACAGAGCAAGCCUUUGUUAAUUCACAGUAUUUCAAUUCAGGAUGCUCAAAAAUGAAAAAAAAAAAAAAAAAAAAUUAAAUUUAAAAAAAAACAACUGAAUUUUCAAGAAAUCCCUUUUUUAA